AUGGGAGUGAGCAGAGCAGUGGGCCUCUCUGCUCCAGCCAACAGCAGAAGUUUCCUUCUGGGGAAAUGCUCCUUUCUGCGGCUGUUUAUCGUGGGCUUCUUACUCUUGGUGGCACUUGUUCCUCUCUACUUACCCGUACCGGAACCAUUUCCAUCUGUGGCCGCGAAGAAGAAGCCCGAGGUGACGCUCCUUAUAUGGACGCAUCCGUUUGGUAAGCGCCAAAAGCUGCCGGACUGUUUGACGCGUUUCCGUAUCGGUGGGUGCGCGCUCACGGACGACGAGGGCGCGUACCCGCGCGCCGACGCCGUCAUCCUCCAUCACCGGGAGAUUGGCACCGGAGCCAUUGACGUGCCUCCGGAACCGCGUCCGCGCGAGCAGAAGUGGAUCUGGCUGAACUACGAGUCGCCGUCGCACACGCCGGAGCUGAGUCGCUGGGAUGGAGUCUUUAAUAUGACCAUGAGCUACCGGACCGACUCGGAUAUUUACCUGCCGUACGGUUACCUGCUGCAGGUUCCGGGUGACGGCCUCGGGGCAGCGCCGCCAUCGCACCUGCGUAAGCCCCGCCUCCUGGCCUGGGUGGUCAGUAAUUGGUCAGAAUCUCAGGCGCGUGUGGCCUUUUAUGAUGAGCUCAGCAGGUUCGUCAGCGUGGACGUGUUCGGCCGUGCGGGUCGAACCAUACCAGGAGACAACGGAAGCUCCAGCGUGGUUGCACUGCUGACCCGCUACCAGUUCUACCUGUCUCUGGAAAACUCCCUGCACACGGAUUACAUCACGGAGAAGCUGUGGAACGCGGUUCGGGCUGGUGCCAUCCCGGUGGUUCUGGGUCCAUCCAGGCGGAACUACGAGCGGUUCCUUCCCGCCGAGGCUUUCAUCCACGUGGAUGACUUCCCCACGGUCCGAGAACUGGCUCGGUACCUGCUGACGGUGAGGCGCAACCCGGCCCUGCUUUUGCAGCACCUGAGCUGGAGGGGUCGCUACAGAGUCCACCAGCCCUCCUUCUGGGCCGAACACUACUGCGUCGCCUGCAGGGCGGUGAAACGAGCCAGAGGCCGAACCAGCGUGGUCCGCGACCUCAGCCGCUGGUUCAACUCAUGAUGUCAUAAAGCAAACUGUUACUACUUAAUCUCUAUUGCUAACUAAUAAAGAAUGAGAGGAUUUAUUAAACUUCCACUUCAACUGGUUGGAGUUUUAACUUAUACCACUUUUCAUGACUGAAACAAACUAAAGCAUGGUUUAACUGACUUGUAAAAUUAUUAUUUUUUAUUUCUUGCUGAAUAAGAUCUGUCAAUACAACGGUGGGGAAAAAAAACCAUGCCUCUCAUCACUCUGUCCUUCUGUCCUCUCACGUCAGUCUAACCAGGCAGAAGAAGCCAGCAUGGACGAGCGCGUGUGGCUGUGGGAUUCACUCCAUCACAAGCUGUGAUGUGGAUCAUUUGAAUUUACACCUCUUUGUGUUCUGCCCUGUUCCACAAUUAACACAUUAGCCCGUCAGAUGAGAUGUCACCUCAGGCGGAGGACGUUGUUGUUCCCCACGACGAGCCUGAGCAGCUGUUCAAACCGCUGAUGUCUAUCAGUUGUAAUGUUUUCAGACCACUUCGACGGACACUUGUCUCGUGGUUUCCACUUCAGGGGCUUUGCACAUGGUAUAGAAAACAAAGAAUUAAAGCUGCGUUAGGAUCCAAAUUGUGGCGGAGUGAGUGAGAUUUUGUAGCGUCCCACUAUAAUAGUUGAAUCUGAAGAGAUAGUACCGGCAUCUGUGGCAUUCAAACAAUGGCUGUGCCACACUAGAGUGAAAUACUCAAACACAACGAACCAGCGUUGCACCAAAGUAGCAUCACAGCUAACGACGAAUGUGG